AUGUCGGCGAAACAGUACUGCUUGAUAAAAAAACGUGGUCCGCAUUCAUUGCAAUGCAUCGCAUCAAUCAUCAAUCCUCCAAUACGAUGUCUUUUUGAUGACGCCGUGAUCAUCAUUUUCUCCGACCUACGUACUGCUGCCUUUGACUUUCAGGUUGUGAAGAAGCUGCUCGCGUCGCUGGACCUGAAGCCUUCGAAAGUUAAACUUAUUCACAAGGGACCGUGUUUUAUUAGUUUUCGAUCCUCGGAAGAUCGCGAUCAGGCUGUGGCAAAGCUGAAUGGCCAUGUCUUCAAGGGUUUGACCCUUAAAGUCCGCGUUGCUCGUCCAGCGGCCGACCCGGUGCUUCUGAAGCGAGCGCAAGAAGCUGAUGAGGCAUGCAAUACACCAGCAGAGAAGCGAGCCAAGAUAGAUGAGACACAACCCGAGUCUUCCCCAAUCCAAGUCAAUCAUCUAGAUUCAGUUGCACCGUUAUGGCGUCUAGCCUACGACCCAGAUCAAAUCCAGGCAAAGCAAAAAACUGCCCUUUCCCACCUGGCCAAAUUACGUUCGGCCGUCCGCAAGGUGAACACUUUCCGACACUGUGAUACUUGCCUGCGGUCAGGCUUGAUGUCUUCCAAGUCUGUACCGCUAACUGAAGCAUUUUGCCCUAUAAAUCGAUCGCCCGUCGAAACCGGUUAUCGCAACAAGGCCGAGUUCACCAUCGGACAGGACGGUCCAGUUGUCGGCUGUCGACUCGGGAAGUACUGCAAGGGUUCUACCAGGGUUGCCAGUCCCAGCGGUCUGCCCAUAUUUUCCGACUCAAUUCUGCGUGUGGUCUGUCACCUACAAGGGCUCCUUGACUUCAUCUCGAAUCCAGAGGCUUUUCCCGAUCACCCCUUUGUGGUUUCGCCUCCCGCUCGUGCUCUCAGCGAGACGUCUGAAGGAGAAGAAAAGCAGACUUCUCUGAAAGAUCGAGCCUUAGCACUAUCACGGAAACUGCGCACUUAUGACCUUGUAGCGAGAAGUGGACACUGGAGCUCGGCGAUGGUUCGAGAGACACGACUGAAUGACAGACUGCUACGGGUGGAAUUGCACCGUGAUAACCUGACUGAUACACUGACAGAACUAUGUUGCGGAUUGAAGUUUGCCAUCUCAAUGGACGCCUUCUUCCAGGUCACGGCUUCUACAAUUCCCCGGAUUUCAGAAGCGCUGGCCUCGAGGAGACUCUAUAAGCCCUGGUUUCUGAACACACCGGCUGCUGAAAUCCUAUACAAGGUUAUCAAGGAGCAGUGUCUCAGCCUCUUCGCUCCCCCGAAGGCCUCUGAGGCCCCUGCCACCAAGAUUCAGAAGAUUGAUGCUGUUCUGUUGGACAUUUGUUGUGGCACGGGCACGAUCGGUCUUUGUCUCACUGAGAGCUUCGAAAGUGUCGUCGGCAUAGAACUAGUGCCCGCAGCCGUCGAAAAUGCAAAGCACAACGCUGAACUUAAUGGCAUGACAAACGCCAAGUUCUUGGCUGGUCGGGCCGAACUUUUACUGAACGAUGCCAUCCGCGGUUUGGCGCCAGACAAAAAAAUUGUCGCCAUACUAGACCCACCUCGUGCCGGCGUCCGUGAGUUUGUUUUGUCCUAUAUUGCUUGUCUUGUGCGCCUUCUCUUCUGA